AUGGGCGGAAGCAAGGGUAAAGCGCCCCAGCGCCGGGCUCGACCCGGGAGGCCAGUCGCAGCCGAGCGGGAGUCGGGGUCCGCCAGCGCGGACGGGGCCUCCAGCGGGGACGGCAGGCCAGCUCGCGGCAAGGGCCGCAGGACCAGGCCCGCUCCGGGGCUCGAGGCCCCCGGAGGCGCGGGGAGCGCUGGGGGCCACGGGAAGCCCACCGAGGAGGGGCCCCCCCGCUGCAGGCGUGCAUCCCAGGAGGCCCAGGAGAGGCAGGGCGGUUCGCGGCGUCCGGGACACGGGCCCAAGGAGAGUCGCGAACCCGGGGACAGUUGUGGGGAGCAGAGACUCCCCGGGAAAGAAGCGCGGCCGCCCAAGCGCGGCCGCCGCAAGAAAGGAAAGGAGAGGGGGCCUUCGACUCGGCGUCGAGGGCCUGGAGAGGCGCCUGGGAGGGGUGGGGACACGUCGGGCGGGGACGGUGGCAGCUCGUGCCUGGACAGUGAAGCCCGCGAGGCCCAGGACAGCAGCAGCCAGGGCGGUGGAGCCCCGGAGCGGCCGGACAAGACGGAGCCUUGGGAUGCCGGCUCGGGAGGCGCCCCAACCCUGGGACCCGGGGCAACUCUGGCGCAGGCCAACCGCCCUGGCAGCAACCAUCCAGGCAGCGACAGACACGCCCUGCAGCUCCAGAGCAGGGAAGGGUCCUCGGGGUCAGGGCCUCAGGGAGUGAGUGAUGAUUCCCGGACAGACACAGACUCGAGCCCCAGGUGGGCUGGGCACGGAGGUCGCCCACCCAAGACCCCAGGAACCUGGAGCCGCAUCCCUGAGUCCCCGGAGACAGAGCUGGGGAGGGGGGCUGCAGCCUCCAGCUCCCUCGAGAGCGUCUGCGUGCGCGUCCCCAGGGGCCCUCAGAGUCCUGGAGACACCAGUGACCCCCGGGCACAGCCCAAGGCUGAGCUGCGGGGCGCUGAGGCUGAGCCGGCGGAGGCCCUCGGGGCUCAGAGCCUCCAGGUCAGAGAGAUGGCGGAGAAGGUGCCGGUGGUUGCGAGCGAGAGCGACGGGGGAGCCAGAGAGCGAGCGGGAGCGGGCCACCGAGCACCCCGGGGCCCGUCGCCGCUGGCCACGCUGGUGGUGCUCCGUAGCCUGCGCGCGCGGCCCCCCGCUGGCCCGUCUCCCCAGCUCGCGGCUGGCGCCCGCGCGGGCCUCAAGGCGCGGCUGCAGCGCGUGGCGCGGGCCCUGGGUCUCCUGCGCUGGCUGCGCCUGCGGGUGGCGCCGCGGCGGGGCGACGCCGACGGGCCCGGCCCGCGGGAGCUGGUGUGUGACAGCUCCGUGCUCCUGUGUCUCAAGAAGAGGUUCCACCUGGGCCGCAUCUAUACUUUCGGGGGACCCCUCCUCCUUGCUCUGAACCCCCACCAGCCCUUGCCUCUCUUCUCACCAGAGGUCUUGGCCAGCUACCAUUCCCGGAAGGCCCCAAACACCACAGCACACAUCUUUGCCAUCGGGGCAGCAGCCUAUAACCUGUGUCAGGGCUCUGGACAGGACUCCUGCAUCCUCCUGGGGGGGCACAGUGGCUCAGGGAAGACAGAGGCUGCCAAGAAGAUUGUGGAGCUUCUAAGCAGCAUGAGACAGGAGGAGACAGAGGCCAACCGGGCUCAGCUAGAGGACAUGCUGCCUAUACUCAGCAGCUUUGGCCAUGCCAAGACCAUCCUUAAUGCCAAUGCCAGCCGCUUUGGCCAGGAGUUACGCCUCUGCCUGCAGCAGGGGGUCAUUGCAGGAGCCUCUGUGUCCCACUAUCUGCUUGAGACCUCCAGAGUAGUGUUUCAGGUAGGAACGAGCCUCCUGCCCACCCCCCCAGCUCUGAAAGUGGGAAGGAGGAGGGGCCAUGGCCCUCAAACCCUGCUCUCUGCCAAGCCAGUUUCUCCACCCAAGGCCCAGGCUGAGCGAAGCUUCCAUGUUUUUUAUGAGCUGCUGGCCGGGUUGGAGCCCACGGAACGUGAGCAGCUCUCCCUGCAAGGACCGGAGGCCUACUACUACCUCAACCAGGGCCGAGCCUGCAGGCUGCACAGCAAGGACGAUGCCCAGGACUUCAAAGGGCUGGUGAAGGCCCUGCGGACGCUGGACUUGUGUGCAGAGGAGCUGGCUGCAGUCUGGGCUGUGCUGGCCACCAUCCUGCAUCUGGGCAACAUCUGCUUCUCUUCUUCAGAGCGGGAGUCCCAAGAGGUGGCUGCUGUGUCCAGCUGGGCUGAAAUCCACUUGGCAGCACGGCUGCUGCAGGUGCCACCGGAGCGCCUAGAGGGGGCCGUCACCAAGAAGGUCAUGGACACUCCUUACGGCCCAGUGUCCAGAUCCCUGCCAGUGGAAGGUGCUAUCGAUGCUAGGGAUGCCCUGGCCAAGACCCUGUACGCAAGGCUCUUCGGCUGGCUUCUGAAACAGAUCAACAUGCGGCUGGCCCCACUGAGGGAGGCAGGUGGCGUGAGCACCAUCACUGUUGUGGACGCCUAUGGCUUUGAGGCACUGCGGGUGAAUGGCUUAGAGCAGCUAUGCAGCAAUCUGGCCAGUGAGCACCUGCAGCAAUUCUCCAGCCAGAAGCUGCUGACCCAGGAGGAGGAGGAGUGCCAUCGUGAACAGCUGAGCUGGGUCCCCAUCCCCCAGCCUCCCAGGCAGUCUUGCGUGGACCUCCUGAUGGGACAGCCCCACAGCCUCCUAAGCAUCCUGGACUCCCAGACUCGGCUACCCCAGGCCACGGACCACACUUUCCUCCAGAAAUGCCACUAUCACCAUGGUGACAACCCCAGCUACGCCAAGCCUCAGCUGCCCCUGCCUAUCUUCACGGUGCAGCACUAUGCCGGGACCGUCACCUACCAGGUGCACAAGUUUAUAAACAGAAACAGGGAGCACCUGGACUCGGCCAUGCUGCAGGCGCUUGCGCAGAGCCAGCUGCAGCUCGUGGGCAGCCUGUUCCAGGAAGCGGAGCCCCAGGCCGGGACUGAGCAAAGCAAACCCACGCUGGCCUCUCGAUUCCAGCAGUCCCUGGGGGACCUGCUGGCCCGGCUAGGCAGGAGCCAUGUCUAUGUCAUCCACUGCCUCAACCCCACCCCUGGAAAGCUCCCAGGCCUCUUUGAUGUGGGACACGUGGCAGAGCAGCUGCACCAGGCUGGCAUCCUGGAGGUCAUCGGCACCCGAAGUACCCACCUCCCUGUUCGAGUGCCCUUCCAAGUCUUCUUGGAAAGGUUCCGAGCCCUGGGGUCAGGGAGACAGAAAGCUGUCUCUGAGCAGGAGAGGUGUGGUGACAUCCUCAGCCAAGUGCUGGGGGCAGAGUCACCACUCUAUCAUCUGGGAACCACCCAGGUCCUACUGCAGGAGCAGGGCUGGCAGCAGCUAGAACUGCUGUGGGCUCAGUGGCGCUCGCAGGCCCUGCUCACUCUCCACCGUGGCCUCAGAGCCUGCAUCACGCACCAGCGCCUCCAUUUCCUGCCCCGGAUGCAGGCUCGUGUGCGUGGACUCCAGGCCAGGAAGCGAUACCUCCGGCGGAGGUCAGCUCUGGGGCAGCUGAACACCAUUCUCCUCGUGGCUCGGCCACUGCUCCAGAGACGAAAGAGGCUGCAGCAUUCCCGUAGCCCUCACAGCUGGGAGGCCUGGGGGAGAGUGUCAAGGAUGGACCUGGGACGAUUGGAGAUCCCAGCCCAGCUGGCUGCUGUGCUGGAGGCAGCAGCAGGCCACCAAGCCACCCUGGCUGAGAGCAUCACAGAGUCCCUGCCACCUGAGGUUCCUGCCCGGCCCAGCCUGACCCUCCCUCCAGACAUUGACCAGUUUCCCUUCUCCAGCUUUGUGGCUGCCAGCUUCCAGAAGCCAUUUCUGCCUAGACCCGGGCAGCUGCUGGAUGAGCCCCUGACCCGGCUGGAUGGUGAGAACCCUCAGCAGGCUCUGGAGAUCAACAGGGUGCUGCUGCGGCUCCUGGGGGAAGGGUCCCUGCAGCCCUGGCAGGAGCAGACCAUGGGCACGUUCCUGGUGCGGCAGGCGCAGCAGCGGCCGGGACUUCGGGACGAGCUCUUCAGCCAGUUAGUGGCCCAGCUGUGGCACAACCCAGAUGAGCAGCAGACCCAGCGUGGCUGGGCCCUGAUGGCAGUCCUUCUCAGCUCCUUCCCCCCUACGCCUGCCCUGCAGAAGCCACUGCUCAAAUUUGUGUCUGACCAGGCCCCCUGGGGCAUGGCUGCAUUGUGCCAGCAUAAGCUGUUGCAUGCCCUGGAGCAGACGCAACUGGCUCCCAUGGCCUCAAGGGCCCACCCACCCACGAAGCUCGAGUGGAAGGCUGGGUUGCGGCGGGGCCGAAUGGCCCUGGAUGUGUUCACAUUCAAUGAGGAAAGCUUCUCUGCAGAGGUGGAGUCCUGGACCACGGGCGAGCAGUUUGCAGGGUGGAUCCUGCAGAGCAGAGGCCUGGAGGCGCCCCCUCGUGGCUGGUCUGUGUCACUGCAUUCUGGGGAUGCUUGGCAGGACUUGGCUGGCUGUGACUUUGUGCUGGACCUGAUAGGCCAGACUGAGGACCUGGGAGACCCAGCUGGUCCCCACCGCUACCCCAUCACUCCUUUUGGUUUAGCUGAGAACAUCCCUCCAGCCCCUGGUGUCCAGGCUCCUUCCCUGCCUCCAGGUCUCCCUCCAGGUCCAGCCCCAACGCUGCCCAGCAGAUGCCCUCCAGGUGAGGCCAGGAAGCCGGGAAACCUAGAUGGCUUCUUGGACCAUCUCUUUGAGCCAGUCCUCUCCCCAAGCUUCAGUGACCUGGAACAAGGCUGGGCCCUGAGCAGCCGCAUGAAGGGAGGGGGCUCUAUUGGGCCCGCCCAGCAGGGCUACCCCAUGGUGUACCCAGGUAUGGUGCAGACGCCCAGCUACCAGCCAGCCAUGAUGCCCACACCUAUGCCCAUGAUGCCAGCAAUGGGCACAGUCCCAACCAUGCCAGCCAUGAUGGUGCCACCCCAGCCACAGCCUCUGUUGCCCAGUUUGGAGUCCAGGCAGCUGGCACUACAGCAGCAAAGCUUCAUCAACCAGCAGGCGAUGAUUCUGGCCCAGCAGAUGACAGCACAAGCCAUGAGCCUGUCCCUGGAGCAGCAGAACCAGAGACGCCAGCACCAAGCUCAGGCUUCUGGGGCUGCCUCCCAGUCUCCACCCUCAGCCACUGCUCCCAAACCCAAGAAGCCUUCUGCUCCUCAAAAGAUGCCAGAGAGUGACCUAGAACCUUUGGAUGUUUGCUUUAGAGAGGACCCUCCAGAGGAGCCUGAAGGCAAGCCUCAGCGCCCCAAGAGCUUCCAACAGAAACGGGACUAUUUCCAGAAAAUGGGGCAAGAGCCGAUUAAGGUGAAGACAGUGAAGCCUCCAGCCAAGGUUCAGAUCCCCCAGGAGGAGACAGAGGAUGACGAGGAAGAAUCGAGAGCAGAGUUGUCCCCUCCUCCUCCCCCAGUUGUGAAGAAGCCAUUAAAACAAAGUAGGACCAAAGCUGUAAAGGAGGAUGAGGUGGAACCAGCAGAAGAGGAAGUGCCAACCCAGGGCAGGGCACCUGCCACGCACAGCUCCGACUCCACACCUCAGCGCCCCCAACCCAGCAAGAAACCCACAAAACCCACAGUGCACAGCUCCGACUCCACACCUGAGCGGCUGCAACCCAGCAGGGAAAUCCGCAACAUCAUCCGAAUGUACCAGAGCCGCCCAGGUCCUGUGCCAGUGCCUGUGCAACCCACCAGGCCUGUUAAAACUUUUCAGAAGAAAAAUGAUCCUAAAGAUGAGGCCUUGGCUAAGUUAGGAAUAAACGGUGCCCACUCGCCCCCAUCGACAGUGUCACCUAACGCAGGGAAGGCUUCUCCGCCAGCUGUGCUUCCUCGACCUAAGGCUCGGCCAAGACUUGAGCCUUCCAUAUCCAUCCAGGAAAAGCAGGGGCCCCUUCGGGACUUGUUUGGCCCAUGUGGCCCAAACCCACCGGCAGCUCCGGCACCCCCACCUCCACUAGCACCCCCACUGCCUCUGCCUGAGGAACCCAAGACCCUUUCAGCAGAGUCUCCUGCCUUGAAAGAGCCCAUGGACGACAAGGGCAUCUCCACGCAGCUCCACGUGCCCUCUGGUAGUGUGUGCUUCUCCUACGCCAAUGCACCCUGGAAGCUGUUCUUACGAAAGGAGGUGUUCUAUCCCCGGGAGAACUUCAGCCAUCCCUAUUGCCUCAGCCUUCUCUGCCAGCAGAUCCUGCGGGACACCUUUGCAGAGUCCUGCAUCCGGAUCUCCCAGGAUGAGCGGCACAAGAUGAAAGACCUUCUGGGAAACUUGGAGGUGGGCCUGGACUCCCUCGACACUGUUGAAGACAGCAUCAAAAAGCGCAUUGUGGUUGCUGCUCGAGACAACUGGGCCAAUUACUUCUCACGAAUCUUCCCAGUGUCGGGUGAGAGUGGCAGUGAUGUCCAGAUGCUGGGUGUGUCACACCGGGGGCUGAGACUGCUGAAGGUGACCCAAGGCCCCAGCUUCCACCUGAACCAGCUAAAGACGCUCUGCUCCUACAGCUACGCUGAGGUGCUGGCUGUACAGUGCAGCGGCAGCUCCACCCUGGAGCUGUCACUGAAGGAUGAGCAGCUGAUUCUGCGCACAGCCUGGGCGAGGGCCAUCAAGGCCAUGGUGGACCAGUUCUUGAGUGAGCUAAAGAAGGACUCUGGCUAUGUCAUCGCCCUGCGCAGUUACAUCACCGAUGACCACAGCCUCCUCAGUUUCCACCGUGGGGACCUCAUCAGGCUACUGCCAGUGGCCGCUCCAGAGCCAGGCUGGCAGUUUGGCUCUGCCGGGGGACGUUCUGGACUCUUUCCUGCUGACAUGGUACAGCCAGCUGCUGCUCCCGACCUCUCCUUUUCCCUGGGACAGAGAAACAGCUGGCAGCGCAAGAGUAAGCCACAGCUGCCCAAGGAGCCGGGGCCAGCUCAGGAGAUGAGGAAGGCAGAAGAGCGCCCCACCCAUCCCAGGAACCCAGAACCCAGCGAGGACUCAGAGGCCACCUCAACAGUCUACAGCUCUUUGUCUGCUGACUCCCACAACUACACCAUGCAGGAAUUUGCCCUGCGCUACUUCCGGAAGCCUCUUACCUGGCUGACCCAGACAGGUAGAGGCACCAAGGAGAAGGCUGCAGUCAACUUGAUCCAGUACACUAAGGACCCCAUCCAGGAAUCCCUCAUUAGCUUCAACGAUGAGGACACAAACAGGGAAGCUGUGGCCGGCUUCAAGGUUCUGAUGCAGUUUAUGGGGGACCAGCCUAAGCCCCGGGGCAGGGAUGAGCUGGCGUUGCUGUAUGAGCUGCUGAAGCUGUGCCAAGAAGACCUCAGGGAUGAGAUGUACUGCCAGGUCAUCAAGCAAGUCACAGGCCACCCUGAGCCGAAGCACUGCGCUCUGGGCUGGACCAUCCUCAGCCUCUUCACAGGCCUUUUUGCACCGUCCACCACGCUGAUGCCCUAUGUGACCAAGUUCCUGCAGGAGUGCAGCCUUCACCAAGAGCUGGCCCGGAGCAGCCGAGAGAACCUCCAGCGCACAGUUAAAUAUGGGGGGCGCCGGCAGCUGCCGCCACCCGGUGAAAUGCAUGCUUUUCUGAAAGGACAAGCAGUCCGUUUGCUUUUGAUUCACCUGCCUGGGGGUGUGGACUACAGGACAAAUACACAGACAUUCACGGUGGCAGGAGAAGUGCUAGAGGAGCUGUGUGGACAGAUGGGCAUCACAGACUCACAGGAAGUGCAGGAAUUUGCCCUCUUCCUCAUCAAAGGGGAAGGUGAGCUAGUUCGGCCGCUGUCGUCCCGGGAGUACCUCAACAAUGUGCUGACAGACCAGGACAUGAGCCUGCACAGCCGGCGGCUUGGUUGGGAGACCCCACUGCACUUUGAUCACCCCACCUACACGGAGACCCACUACGGCCAGGUGCUACGGGACUACCUGCAAGGGAAGCUGAUGGUCAGUGCCCAGGCAGAGGCUCAGCUUGCCAGGCUGGCUGCCCUCCAACAUCUCAACAGAGCCAGCAUGAGUCCCCUAACGGAGCAAGAGCUGCGGUCUUACAUUCCCAAGCCACUGCAAUGGCAGGUGAACAUAGCCAACAUAGAGAACUUGGUGGGCCAGGAGCUGAGGCAGAUGCAAGGAUACAGCCAGCAGAAAGCACAGAUUGGCUUUAUCGAGACCAUGAGCCAGCUGCCCCUCUUCGGCUACACUGUGUAUGUGGUGCUGAGAGUGAGUAAAGUGGUCCUUCCUGGACCGCUCCUCCUGGGGCUCAACCGCCAACACCUGGUCCUAAUGGACCCCAGCUCUCAGAAACUCUGCUGCUCCAUCACCCUAAAAGAUCUGCAGCGGCUCCACCUGCUGAGCCCACGGGAGGAAGAUGGGCCCCCCGGCCUGGAACUCAAUUAUGGCUCUGCUGACAACCCCCAGACCAUCUGGUUGGAGCUACCACAGGCCCAGGAGUUACAGCACACCAUUGUCUUCCUGCUGGAGGGCAGCGUGUCCACUCAGUGGCCAGGCCUCCUCUGAGGGAGUGGAGAUAAGGCAGCGGCCUCUCCCUGGGCAGUCUUUCAUUGGUCUUUGCUGACUGGUCCUGCUUUGAACCUACCUGCAGCAUAACCCCAUGUGGGGGCUAUAACACACGGGUUGUGACUUCAGUGACUUCCACUGGGAAAGUAAGCAGACACGUUCACUCUAAGGUGGACUGAACAAAGAGCUGGGCUGUAGGAACUUGGCUGACGUCCAGCCUGGGGAAAAUGCCCUCUCAGCUCUAGAGCCAGCUCGGGCCUGGAUGAAGCUGCUUCUGCACAAAUAAAACACCCAAGAAAA